GAAAGGAGGCGGGAAGGAGAAACAAAGAAGAAUGCUGUGAUGUCACUCCACACCACCACUCAUACAAAGGCGUGAGGGAGAGAAACACUCUACACACUCACACAUUUCUACUGACUGUGAGACUCUCACUCUGGAUAAACAAACAAAUACAUGCUGAUCGUGUGUGCGAGGAAUGAGCAGAGCCGAAACAAUUGGAGCCAGGUGCAGGAGGACAAGGCUAAUUCUUUCCUGAGAAGAGGAAAAGGAAGAGGAAAUAACUGAACAAUCACAUUUGCAGGAGUGCUUCCUGUUUACCUGCAAAUACCCACUUUCCUGUUUCUCAACACUUUGUACACAUACACACACUUCAAUAUGCUGCAGCAAAUUCUCUCAAACAUGUACGUCGACCCGGACAUCCUGGAGGCACUGAACGAAGAGCAGAAGAAGACACUCUUCCUGAAGAUGAGAGAGGAGCAAGUGCGCCGUUGGAAGGAGCGAGAGGAGAAGGAAGAGAAGGAAGGCAGGAUGGAGAAGCCCAGGCCAAGGAAAGCCACUUUUAAGAAAGUGAGUUGGCUCCUGGGACGAGAUGGAGAUGUACACGUGUGUGUUAUAGGAGAGACAGAUGAGUCUAAAGUCCUCCUGUCUGAACUAAGGGAAAGGAAGGAGAACAACUUCAACAGCACCAACAGACCUCAGACUGCUGGACAUCUCAAAAGCACCCUGGACGUCAGAGGUAACCAAAACGAAAGCAAUAAACCCGGGAUAGAGCUGCUGCUCAGCAACGCAGAAGCGAUGAACCACUCCAACACUCUCCCAGACAUCAAGAACUACAACAACAGUCGCUGCACAGAGGAACUGAAGAACCUGAUAACACCAACGUCAUAUAGGACGGACGGAGAACCGUCUGUAGUGGCAAAACCGAACCAGUUCAGCUUUCAGAAACACUCUGUGGAGCGAGAAUCACAGGAAAGAGGAUUGGCAAACGAACAAGGGCUCGGUUCGCCGUUUGGAGGCCGUGUGGCUCAGCUCAGGAUGAACUUUAACAUGCCGAACAAUAGAAUCCCCUUACCAUGCACUAAACCACCUAUUCCUACCAAGCCAGCUCAUCUACUUACUGCUGCCUCUGUCAGAUAAACAGCACGAACUGAUGGAAAAGACCGAACAACACUUCAGAUAAACACUAACUAUGGGUUCCUGAUCAUUUAACGUUAGCAGAACUGUAAAUAAAAUGCCGACACGUAAAGCAGAGACUCCAGCACUACCAUACUUGAGGCUUUCUUCAGUCGGUUGCACGGAUAUAAAGCAGGCUGCGGUGUCAGAGCAGCAGAAAUAAAACAUGAUCUACUGUAUAUGAUAUCAAAACCCUUUCAAUCACUCCACUGCUGCAAGUCGAUACAGAGCCUGGACUUUAGCAAUACAUCCUCUUUUUUUAACAAGAUGUGAUAUCCUCUGUAGCUCCUCUAAGCCUUUUUUAUACACACACACACACCAUUUUUAUCCAGUGACAGAAGACCAAAGAUGUUUCUAGAUGUUUUCUACUUGUGUUAUUGAAUGUGCUUUGUAAAUAUAAUAAUGACGUAUCAAAACUGCAAAUAAAACUUGUUGGGUUUCAAAGUUA